UAUUACGUCAACUCAAAAUCGAAGUGGAUUUCUUUAGGCGUACACUCGCAAUUUUCUGUAUUUCACUCAUCACUUUUGUACAUUACUUCUUUAUUAUGAUACUUUGUAAAGGAAAAAGAUAUACCACUACAAAGCGAGAUAUUUAAAGAAUAGUUAACUGUGAGAUGGAUAUUUUUGCUUCUUUUAGAUGAGGUCUAUAAUCUGCAGCUGUUAGCAGAACCUGCUAGCUAUUUUGUCGAGCUAGCUAUGCACUAGCACGUUAGCUUCGCUCGCUAAGCAGUGACAACUGACAAAGAUCCUUUAACACAUGAACCAUGUGAGGGCCCCUCGGGCCAGUCUGAGGGGAUCCCAGGACUGUUGAAAGAUUCCCCCGCUGUGCGGGGCUGGACAUCUGACAGAGAGAGCAGCCUAACCUGAGCCCUCAUCCAAACAUUCCUGUUCUCCUCACCGAGGAGACGCGCCAUGAUGUUCCGAGACCAGGUGGGCAUCCUCACAGAUUGGUUCAAAAGUUGGAACGAGUGUGAACAGACAGUGGCACUCCUGUCCCUCCUGAAGAGGGCAUCUCGCACCCAAGCUCGCUUCCUACACAUCUGUCUGGAACACUGGCUGGCAGACUGCACAGAGAUCCACAUCCUUGAAGCUGAAGCCAACAAUGCAGCAAUUGUCAGCCAGUGGCAUCAGGAGCCAAAAGAGAAAGUGGUGUCUCUCUUGUUGUCUCACUUGCCGCUGUUGCAGCCACGCAACAGUGAGGCCAAAUGUGAGUACAUGAAACUGCUCCAGAAGGUUUUGAGUCACACCAUCGAAAGUAGCCUAUUCGUGGAAGAAAGCCGACAGCUGCUCUCUUACGCACUCAUCCACCCCGCCACAACACUGGAUGAUCGCACCUCACUGGCCAUGUGGCUCAACCACCUGGAGGAACAUCUUUCUGGUGGCUAUCCGCCUCGGCCCCCAUCCAGCCCAUAUCACCCACGGCAAGGCUCAGAUGAAUGGCCGAGCUCAGCUGAGGCUCUAGACCCAGGGAAUGCAUGGCACGAUAAGUCCCCGUCAUCCAGCACAUCUCCUGCAGGCCAGAAUGGACAUAUGCCUUUUCCAGGCGGGAUGUCCUCACCCAUUAACAGCAAUAAUACAGGUGUGGUGGGGCAUUUGCAGCCUAGCCCUCUGAAAAAGUCCAUGUCCAAUAUUCCUUCCAGUCCCCAGGCUUGUGGCUCGGAAUGGUUGAGCCAGGAUGAUAUAGGGGGCCGACAGAACUUCAUCCCAACAGACCAUGCACCACUUUCGCCCCAGAGCAGUGUAGCUUCCUCAGGCAGCGAACAGACAGAGGAGCAGGGCUCAGCUCGCAACACCUUCCAGGAAGACGGCAGUGGCAUGAAAGAUGUCCCUGCAUGGUUGAAGAGUCUCCGCCUUCAUAAAUAUGCAUCACUAUUCUCACAAAUGACCUACGAAGAGAUGAUGAUCCUCACAGAGCAACAUCUGGAGUCUCAGAAUGUCACAAAAGGAGCGCGACAUAAGAUCGCCUUGAGUAUCCAGAAACUGCGAGAACGGCAAAGCGUACUCAGGUCUUUAGAAAAGGAUAUUUUGGAAGGGGGGAACAUGCGCAACGCUCUUCAAGAGCUGCAACAAAUCAUCAUCACACCCAUUAAGGCCUACACCCCGCCCAGUGCAGCACAGCCCGCAACAGAUUCUGCAAGCUCCCCAUCUGAAAUCCCAAAAACGGGAGCAGAGAAAGAGUCGGUGUCAGAGGCCUUCCAGUCCCACAGCACGCCCCCCUGUGAUGGAGAGUCUUCAGCCACGCCCAUUUCAGACGGUGACAUCGCUGGACAGUUCACCCGUGUCAUGGGGAAAGUGUGCACACAGCUGUUGGUGUCCAGGCCAGAUGAGGAAAAUAUUAGCUGUUACCUUCAGCUUAUUGAAAAAAGUUUGUCACAUGAGGCGUUCAGUGAAACUCACAAGAAAAGGCUGGUGUCCUGGAAGCAGCAGGUCCUCAAGCUGCUGCGCUUGUUUCCCCGCAAAGCAAUGCUGGACAUGCCAGCAUACCGACAGAAAGGUUGGAACUAUGGGUCAAACUCCCUCCCCACAGCAGGCUCUGUGAGCGGAGGCGUUGGAAGGCGGGGCCAAAGGCAGUUUCAAAUGACCCCUCGAGGCCUCCCAGCUGGGCGGAUAUGUCUUCCCGGUGGGAUUGGAGGAGCAUCUCCACGCCACACUCUCACCAAUCCUGCGCUGGCUGGCCAGGGUAGACAAAGCCUGUGGUUUGCCAACCCCGGGGGAAGUAACAGCAUGCCAAGUCAGAGUCGCAGCUCUGUGCAGCGGACCCACUCACUUCCUGUCCAUACGUCCCCACAAACCAUGCUCAUGUUCCAGCAGCAAGAAUGCCAAGUUCCAGGUGCUGACCUGGAGAUCAACCCUACGCUGGAGUCACUGUGCCUCAGUAUGACAGAGCAUGCCUUAGGAGAUGGAACAGACCGGACAUCAACAAUAUGAAAAAUAUAUGGAGAACUACACGUCGGUUGAAGCCUGUUCAGUUGAGCACAAAGAUAAACAUAUGCUUCAGAAAACCAGGCAAAGCAGUCACUACAAAAUGACAAAAAAUGUGUAUAUGUUCUCUAAUAUUUUUGUACUUCAUUAUAUACAGCUAAGUUUAUUAAAAAUGGAAUACAGAUGAAUAUUAUAUUGUUGAACAGAUAAAAGGUUAACUAUAUCAACUGCACCCUUGUCACCUGCAGGACUGUGGCAUGAUGUGCAGAGGCUUAGUUCACCUUAAUGAGAGAAAAACUGUGGAUUGGUGCUGUCUUUAAGGGUUUCUGCCCUGAAUUACUCUUCUUUUCCCGUUGCCUUGGAACAAGGCUUUCUAUCCACAACACACUGACAGCCACAACCCAUGCAUUGUGUAAUUUGUAGACCCAGAUGAAUUCCGGCCAGAAGUAAGGCACUUUUAUUAAAUUAUCUUUGAUAUUAGGCACUAAACUGGAAUUGGCCUCAUGGUACAUUUUGCAAUUGUAAAAAGAGGUCGACUUCUCUGGCUGUGUUGAUCUCGUUUGCAGUCCUGGCCGGGGCUAGUCGAUGAAAUGUGGAUGACUUUUGUUUUCUCUCUCUUCAGAAGAUGUUUAGUGGCAAAAAGCAUGAAAGAGAGGACCGGAAGAAAUGUGGAAAAUGUUCAAAUUCAUUUGACGAGUAACUUUUUGUCCUUUUGUUUUACCUAAAAAGUCAAGAGAUGACUGUCCUCCUUACAACUUCUGCAAAGCCAAAGAGAAGGGUUUUGUGAUUGUUCACUUGAGAAAGGUAUUUGUAGUGAAGUGCAGCAGAAUGGUAUAGAAAAAAAAACCGACAACAGCAGAGGAGUUUGAAGAACUAAUGACAGCUGCAAUUCGUUUGUAUUUUUUACUUUUCUGCUUUGCUACAUAAAUGAUGUUGAUGAUGAAUCUCGUUUUGUGCCAGGGAAGCCCCACGGACAGGGGUAGGUAAGGGCUGGUGAGGAUAGUGUGGGGUGAGAGCUGUUCUGAUGUUUAUCUAAUAAAAGCAAACGAUACCAGAGUGUUUUCAAUUUUCAAUCUGGGUUGAAAAAAAUCGAAAUGAAACCCCUCUGGCUCCUUUAUGGAUUGGCUUUGGAAAAGAAGCUUGAGCGUUUAGUAAAAUGCCCUGACGCCUCACCCUCACAAUGCCCUCUCCCUCAAAUGGCCAACAUGAAGAUUUGAUGAUUCACAUACUUUCCGAGGUGCUUGAUAAUGUCCCAUGUUUUUCUUUUGUGUGUCUCUGUGUGUUUCAGUCUCAGAGCCCUAACAUUGUCAUGUGGUGUCAGUGUUGAAUCAAAAACUGUCUUCUACAGCUUCUGUCUUUGAAUGUGGCAGAGCCAGAGGUGCAUGUAUUUGUAAUAUGGUCUUAACUUUUACAUCACUUUUUGUUGCUUCAGAAGGCAGGGAAACCAUUCACACAUUAUUUCAGCAGCCAUAGGAGGUCGGAUUAGUAAAGAUGAUUAUUUACAGAUAUUUUUUUUUCCAGUCGUAUUUUUUACUCUCCCUUAAUAUCGAUAACUUGUUUAUUUUCUGUAAUCGCAUGUUUCGCCACACUAAUACAACACUGUUGUUGAUUCAGGACAUGGUGGUUGAUGGUGCCUGGUGUUACCAACAACCAAGACGAAAGAUCUUGCAACUAAUCUUCUAUAAAUCUGCCACCUAAAUGUCACUGUUUACAUCUCUGGGACAAAGCCCAGUUCAUAUUAUAUGAUGUCAUGAUUAAUCCAUUAUAUCGUUAUAUAACACAUUAAAGAACUGAAGCUUUUACAUGGACGGAUGGAUAAAGAGUGAAAGCAAAUUUUAAUACUCCCUAAGUUGUGGAUUCCAUAUAAGGGUUUCUAUAAUUGUACCGGCAAGGUGCAUGCAACCUUUUUAUUUUAUUUUGUUCAUGUCAUGUGGUUAUGAGAAGGAAACGUCUCUCUGGCCUUGUGAUUAUUUCGUCUGUCAAUGUUUGAUAAACUGUUCAUGUGGUGCCUGAAAAUUCUCAGCUCCAGCAUCUUCAGUUUGUUUAUUUUUAAUGAUUUUUUUUUUUAUUCUUCUUUGGUUUUGGAUUAUUUUUCAGAGCAGGCUCUUUUUGUGAAAGCGUCAUUCCCAUGUCUGUGAAGGACAGCAGGGAUUUGAUGCCGGCUUUAACUAUUUACUCAUUACUGUGAUGUUACAGGUGGCUCAGAUGGUCUGUUUCGGAAUUGCUGUUGCUUCGGACAACCUACCUUUCAUUUUUCAAAUAGACACAGAGGUACCUGUAGAGAGGGGGUGUUUAAUUGUCAUGCAGCAGGAUAUGGAAGUGCUUAUUUGAGCCACCAGUUUUAUGAGUAAACUGAACACUAAACAGGCCAAGGAAUAUGUUUACUCUUUGUUUACAUUCCAUUGAUACAUGAAAUUAGUUGGGAAUCUCACAACUUCAGACUACUUUGAAAGAAAAACACCAAACAGUAUGCGAGAAGGUACAAACCAGUGUCCUAUGGAGAUGUCUACUGAGUAGCUCUGAGGUCAUUGUAAUGUCCCUGUCAGGCUUACUUAGUUAAACAACAGCAGUAAUCUGUAAGUCGCACUCAACACAAGCAUCUUAUACUAUUUCUAUUUCACCCCCAGAAUUUUCUAAUAUUUUAUGAACCUUUUGCAUCAUGUGCUUACACUCUAAUUUUAUACUGCCACUCAUCUGUGAGAAAGGUCUUAAGUGCUACAUCAUAAAGAUUAAAUAAAGAGGUUAAAUUCUUUUGCAGCUUCA